CAAACUUAGUUUACAGCUUCAAUGACCGUGUCGCACUGGAAUUGGUCACAUGUGAGGCUGAUUCCGUCUUCCUCGAUCCCUGAGCGCGCUUCCUCUAUCUCUCUCCCCUCCACAAUCCCAGCAAAUGGAGCUUUCGGCUAGGUUGUUUUGAUGUAAGGAGUUCCGUAGGGCUGUGUGACUCCAUUUUUCUUCCCAGAGUCGUUUCUUGACCCGCUGCACCAUCGUCUAGACGUGACCAUCGCUGAUUGAGGCCCAGGGAUCCACGAUUACGCACAAUAUUUCCACUGUCGCCCAAGAGUUGACAUUGCAGCACCCGAAGCAAUUCCUUGUUAUCAGCGAUGUGAGCAAUUUUUCGUUGGUUGAAAAGAGGAUCGUUGAGGUGCAGUAUUUUGUCUCUGCGCUUUGAGCUUUUGUGUGGAUUCAGACGAUUGCGUCCGUCAUUUAUCCUUAUGAUAACAUACGAUCGUUGUGGCUUUUGUAAUGCUUUGUGGCUGCAUAUCCUCUGAUAUUUUUCGCGAUUUUCAAACGAUAGGAAGAUUAUGAGGCACUACGGAUGAACGUAAGAUUUUUAUCUAGUUAUAUUUUUCCCUGUUUUCUUCAGUGUCUUCUAGUUCCACCUAGAAGACCUGUUCUUCAAUCGCACGGCAGGCUAGAAUCGGCUCACAGAUUGCGCCGUCAUUACGGGUCACCCUCUUCUGAUUUACGUAGUUGUGACAGAGGAAGGAUCACCAAUUCUCAAUUGCCAUGAUCUCUUUCCGACUGUAGGAUAUUUGGUCGAUUAAUGAGAAAUUUAGAAGUCUUUAUGGAAGACUUCUUAUUGGAACAUCUUGUAAUUCCCCAAGUAGGCGACGUAUGAACAGGGGUUUGAGAUUUUUUCUUUGCAUCUUUUAAAUUCAUACGCAUUAUACGUCGAUUCGGUACUUGGUGUUUGUAUACUGUCGUUUACCUACUUACAGUCAACAUCUUACUUAGUUGUGUGAAGCACAGUAACAUUAGCUCAACUUUGCCUCUGCUUUGAGUAAAUAUUUCUUCUCAACUUCACAUCCAGAAACCGGCUUCGACGUCCUUCUUAUACUAUUAGAAGGUGAACUUAGAAUGGGAAAAGGUGGAGGCCUCAGAUUGAGUCGAGAACAGUAUUCUGGAUCUUUCCCAGCUACCAGGGUAAUUCCACCACCCAAGGCAUCCAGUGCCCCCAUCAUCACUGGAGUCUCUGCAUUUUCCAAGGGUAAGGGGAUACUACACCCGCUUUCAACGUCAUUGAAGGAUGAAGACGAUGACAUUGAUACGAACGUUUUCUUCGAUCAACUACUUUCUGGUGUUGCAGCAUCUCAAGAGGCUUCUACAUCUGAGUCUGGACAAGCCACUGCACCCACUCGAGAACUAAGGUUCUGCUACUAUAAUAUCAAGGGCCUGCUGGCAGCUAAGAAAUCCAUUAUACACGUUAAGGCAAAACCUUUACGUGUUGUUGAAGCAGAUAUUAGUGUCGAAGAAGAGCCGAAAUUUUCUCUCGCAUGUAAUCCUGGUCAAAAUUUUCCAACUGUGCGAUCACAAGAAAGAAUUCGUUACAUACGGAAACAAGUUAGCAUAGAUCCUGAAGAAGCGGACUCUCUUGUGAUUACUGCUAUGGAAAAACCUGAUGUUGAGAGGUGUGCAGUGGACGUUUCGUUUGAUAAGGAAGCUAGCCCAACGCAUUCGACUAAUAGAAGCGUACCGUGUAUGAAAGACAAGUUAUUGGCCACUACUGUACCCAUCUCUACAGUCAGAUCUAGUCCAGGGGCGGAAGUUAUACAUGUUGCUAAUAAGACUGCAGAUUCGGGCCUAAAUCUGUCGGAUGUGAAGAAAGGGAAAAGAGGAGAACCUGAAGAAUCUCAGGAGAAUAGAGUGCAAAUUGUGGACGAGACCCCAGAAGCAGCUGCCACUCUUCUGAUGCUUAAAGAAGAAUCUCAGUCUCAGAUGCAUGCAUUCAUUUAUUCAUCCACUUCGGAACCCUCAUUCUUACCUGAUCGAGAUAGAGAGAGUGAUGAUGCGUCGCUGCUUUGUAGAAGUCAGAAUGAAAGUAAAUGGAGUGUACCAACUUCUGAGCACUUGAAGGAGCCAGAGAGGGAAGAAGCUCAUGUGCUUGGAACAACUAUGAGCGUUGACACAGUCAGAACGGGGACCUUUGUUGAGGAAAAACACGGAAUGGAUUUGCCUUCGCCAAAAGUGGACACCACAAUUAUGGAAAGCGGAUCCACGGCAGCUGCCAACCAGGGUUUAUUUUCCCGUGCCAAAGAUGAUAAUCUCCCCGUGAUUGGAGAGGGUCUUGUAUCUGUUCCUGCAAUGCUCAAGGAGACAAACAAUGCUUUCAGUGACAUUGAAAGCGGAAAAUCUACAGAGGAGGUUGUAGUGGAAAAAGAAGACGAGGUGGAUGCAGCUCUGCCAUUAUCAGAAGAGAAGGAAGUCGCACCAUAUCUUAUUAAUGAAGCAGCAGUAGCUGAGACACCAGUUGUGGAUCCCAGGUCUACAAUUCUUGGUAACAAUGUGGUAACGAAGGAAGCGAAGGAAUUGGUUAACGAAUCUGAAGCAGACAAUAUCAAUUCAGCAAUUACUAAAGAUUCAGCGUUCGCGGCCGCGAACGAGAUUUCCCAGGAAAUUUUGAAACCAGAUAUACCCUUUCAGGGGGAUGAGGAGGCAUCACCAUUUCCCGAAGCGCCAUUGCAAAUUUCAGAUGACAUAGCGGGUAAACCACUAAAUUUUUAUGUUGAUACAGCACAUCAAGAGACGCAAAAUAAUCAAAGCAAUGAAAUGGAGCCUCAAUUUAUUGAACAGAGCUCCAUAUCAAACAGCUGGAGAUCCUUUAUACAGGAUUUGAUGAGUGAAUCAGCUAAUAGUUCAGGAUCUGCUACUCACCAAGUCUUAGAAACUGUCAAGGACGAAGUGUCAGCAAGUGUUAACGUCAAAAGCUGUGGUUUAGAAUCCAAAGCCUUCACAGAUGCGGAGGAAGAAGAUGUCAUGACCGUGAUGAACGAAGCGAAGAGCAUAGAAGCACCUUUGUCUGUACCCCAUCAGAUAAAGGUAGAGAAUUACUCAGAUGCUGAAGAAACCUUCAAAGACUCAUUAGGUCGAGAGACCGAGAAGGUCUUAUCAUCCGAGAUCGAGGAGGCGGAAGCUCAAUUAGGCCACGACACAGCCAUCCCCAUGCUGGAGGUGAUCAAUGAGACAGAAGCUGGAGUACAGAAUUCCCUUGUGCAGGACAAGGAUGUUGAGCUUCCCUUGAGCAUAUCACGGAACAGCAUAGAUGUGAAAGAAGCUAAACCUAACCAUGCGCUCAAUUCUGAAGCCCUAUAUUUUCAGGAGAAGUUUCUACUUGUGAAGGAUGCUGCGCCACUCGUGAAAGUCUCGGUUGAAGACUUUGAGGAGCUGAAGUCACCAGAAGCGGAAGAGAAGAAUAUUGAGGCCCCAAUGACUGAAGUCUUCGUUCAGAAGGCUAUAAUUGAGGAAACCCAAGCAAUUGAGGUUGAAAUUCAGGAGGCUGCAGCACCAGUAGUUGGGUCACCUACUCCAGAGCCCCUGGUUGAAGACAUCAAGGAGGCACCGACUACUCCUGAUGCUGUUGCUGGAAUCGCUCCUUUUCUGCAGGAGAGGGAGGUAGGGCUUCCUUUGACCACAGUAGAGUUCAUAGCAGAGCCUAUAUCAAAAAGCAAGGAGUCACUGGUAUUGACUGAAGAGGCCAAGGCUGUCUCUGAAUUUAAGCCUGAAAUCCCUGUUGUUGAAGAGAAUCUUCUACAUGUGAAUCCCGAGACUACCCUAGUGAAGGCAGUUGCUCCAGUUGAACAACCCUUAGUUGACAAUAGCAAGGAUGCAAAAGCCCCAGUGGUAGUAGAGGCGUUUAAGGAAUUAAUAGCUGAAGCUCUCGUUACGAAGCCUAAUAUAUAUGAGGAUCCUCCUGUGGGUCAAUCCCUUACAGAAGAGUCUGGAGAGCCACUAGUUAAGGCACUAAUUGUCGAUCCCCUUAUUGAGGAGAACAAGGAGGUAGACUCUGCUUCCCAAGUUAUUACUGGGGAGACUCCGGUUUUAGAGAAGAGGGAGGUUGAGAUCUCUUUGGCCGUAUCAGAACCUGUACCAGAACCUCUGUCAGGACUAAUAUCAAGUGAGAAGGAUGCAUUGGCUUCGGCCCCUGCCCGUGUUGUUGAGAUGGAUGUUACGGAGGAUAGUGAGAGCAGUGAGGACAGUGAGAUGGAUAGUGAAGAGGAUAGUGACGUAAGCGAGGAUAGUUCUGCUAGUGAGAACGAUAGUGUAGAUAUUGAGGACAGCGACAAGGAUAGUGAUGGUGAGGACAGCGAGGAGAAUAGCGACGACAGCGAUGAGGAUAGCUCUGAGAGUGAAGACAGUUCCUGUAGCGAGGAAGAUAGAUCUGAAAGUGAAGAAGAGAGCUCCGUUAGUGAGGAGGAUGUGGUUAAGAAGGCCCGCUCAGUUGAAGAGUGUGCAUUUGGAGAGGAUACUAUUCCAGUCAAGGUCUCCGUUCCAGUGGAUGAAGCUUCAACUGGAAAUCUUUUGAAGACAGAGACCGCAACGGUCGGAAUUGAGCAGGAGGUUGCCUCUUCAGAGAGUGCUAACUUUAAAUGCCUUGAGCGGGAGAUCGAGGGUAAAAUAAACCGAGUUUCACUGCCUCAAACCACAAAUGAAGAAAAUGAUGACGAGUCUUCAUUGGUGACCAAAGAUUUUGUUGAGGGUUUUGCAACUCCAGUGGCUGAGGAUGUCACAAUCGCUGACCCCCAAGCUUCAGUGUCGGAGAAAUCUUUACCUGUAACUGAGACUAUUUCAAUUAAAGAAGCUGUGGAUGAGAAGCCGGAGGUGCUGAAAUCUUCAGCUGUGGUUGAGGUGUCUCAAUUAGAAAAGGUUGACGCAUCCCCGUCAAAAUAUGAGUUUUCUCAAGCUCCGGCAAAUUCCUCAACCGAAGAGCUGCCCCAAGCAAUUUUGAACUCCGAAGCCUUGGUGAUGGAUACGAGAUCCGUUAAAGAAAUUGGUGUAGUAGAGCCAAUUACGAACAGAAGCUUGGAGUUAGGGGUUCAUACCAUAGAAAGUCCAGAGGAAGCGGAGGAUGUCCAAAUAAGACGGCUUCUACAGGAGAGCACGGUUUCUGGAGCAGCUGAUAACCAAACGAGCCCAUCUGCUGAAGAUGGAACAUGUUACGAAACUUCUGCCAGAAGCCCAAGAAUUGAGCGUAAAUUCAGUAGAAGUAAAGAAGCGUCUGUUGAUGUGCACUCAGAGGAUUCAGAAAAGCAAGAUGCCAAGUCGGAUCUCUUGAAGAAGGUUGACGCUGUCGAUCAUCCAUUCCUUUCCCUGAAUCACAGUGAAGAAUAUGCAGGAGUUGCUCAAGUACCGGAGACGGAUCCGACGUUGGAUAAAAAAUGGAGUCAGGAGGUAUCAGUUGAUGUUGUUUUGCCAGAUGAACCAAUCGAGGUGGAGAUGGAUUCAGUUGAUGAGCGUAAGGCAUCAACAGUUGAAACAGAACAGAGUCUUGCGAGUGAAAAGCCUGGUUCAAUUCUGGACCGUGUCGGACCUGUAUACGAGAACCUCAUUCUUGAGCUUGAAGCAUUUUCUUCCUGUGGAAAGGCUGAUGAGUCGAUGGAACGGGAGGUUGUCUGUACACAGAUGGAGUCGAACGAUGUGAAUGAGAUCGUGCCCAGUACUUCAAAGAACUCUAUGUUGGCUGACUCAGAGCUCGUAGGGGAGAGAAUCACCAGGUCCAGUACAGAUUUGCGAGAUGAAAGAAAUCCCGAAAAACUCUUAUCAUUUGCUGAUUGGCACGAAGAAAAAGAAUCUGCUGAAACAGCGGAUGCCGUUGUUGCAGAUACUGAGGAAGAAAAGAUCAAGGUACCCGGUGAAUCGAAAGGAGUUACAGAAUUCACAGAAUUAUCGAAGCAAUUGGAAGACACCAGCAUAGCCAACGGAACGAUCAAAGAGGAGACCCAGAGGAUCUGGAAUCUGAAGUAUUUGAAGUCAAGACCUGUGAUGGCACAACCAAGAAUCGUUCAACCGCCAAAAUUGGCUCAAUCGCCACAAUUGAAAGCUACCACGGUUGUCGGCCUCUCUUGGCCUCCAGCGCCCCUUGAAGGAGAGGAAUACACUGAUUCUGACGAUGAGGCGACGAAUCCGAGACUUGUGGAAUGAAAGGAUGUGCUUUUCACUUAUCGACAUCAUUCUUACACCUCGUUUACAAACUUGAUAGCAACCUCUAACAUGAAGCUCCACUACUCAACGAGGUGAACUGCCUCAACAGUUUCGUAGUUGCGUACUUGUAAUUAGGUCAAUAUUUGUAUAUCAUGCGAUGAGUGCCCUCCACUUUUCUGCUACUUCUGUGGUAUGUAUCAAUCUUCCAUAAAGUCUUAAGCUACGUCCAGCGAAGUUCCUUCUGGUAUUUUGACUCAUGCAGUUACUGUAACGUUCUAUCCUUUUGAGAUACAGACUCUGUUUUAAAAGAAAACGUUUUCUGGUUUUCAAAUCUAUUAUAUCCAACGUUAACUGA